GUAGUCCAUCCUUUCUAUGCAUAUUGGCAGAGUUUCUGUACUCAGAAAAACUUUGCUUGGAAGGAAGAAUAUGACACACGACAAGCCUCAAACCGCUGGGAGAAACGAGCUAUGGAAAAAGAGAACAAGAAAACAAGAGAUAAAGCAAGGAAAGAGAGGAAUGAACUGGUCCGUCAGCUAGUAGCCUUUAUUCGUAAAAGGGAUAAAAGAGUACAGGCUCACAGAAAACUUGUAGAAGAACAAAAUGCAGAAAAAGCUAGGAAAGCAGAGGAAUUUCGGAGGCAGCAGAAGCUCAAACAAGCCAAGCUCGCUGAGCAGUAUAAAGAGCAGAGCUGGAUAACUAUGUCAGAUCUGGAGAGAGAGUUGCAAGAGAUGGAGGCACAAUAUGAAAAGGAAUUUGGAGAUGGAUCAGAUGGUGAGGAUGAAUUAGAAGAACAGGAAACAAAAGACAUUGAAGACAAACUGAAUGAUGAGACUGAAGAAGCUGAAUUUGUUGAUGGUCUGUACUGCCCUGCUUGUGACAAAUUGUUAAAAACUGAGAAAGCCAUGAAGAAUCAUGAGAAAUCAAAGAAGCAUCGAGAGAUGGUAGCACUGUUACGACAGCAACUGGAAGAAGAAGAAGGGAAAUUUCCUGUGUCUUUGGAUGAUGCAAAUGGAAUGCAUACCAAAGAGGAGGAAGAAACAGAAGACAUGCCCAAACAGAAACUCUCAAAGAAGCAGAGGAAGAAACAGAAAACAAUGAUGACUUACGAGGACUCUUUUGAUAGAAGUGCUGAUGAAGAAACAGUUGAACAAAAGGAGGUGCCCUAUGUGGACAAGGACAGUGGCUCAGCAGAGGAUUUGGUAAAUGAUGGCCAAAGAUGUGCUGCGUCAGAGGACGCAAGUGCCGCAGAAGAUGUUGGCCAAGCGGAUGAAACAAAAACUGAAGUAAAAAGCAGUACUAAGCCUAAAGGGAAAAAAGCCAAGGAUGCAAAAAAAUCUGCUAAGGCAUCUUCAGAGCACCCAGCAACGAAUGAAGUUCCCAUCCACUGCGUAACCUGCAACUGUGCAUUUCCAUCCCGAAAUAAACUGUUUGAACACCUAAAAGCCACAGGACAUGCAAAAGCAACACAACCACCAGCUGUAAAUGGAGCUGUAAACACCAGAAACAAAAAGGAGAAACGUAAAACCAGAUAG